GGACACUUUUAAACUGUUAUACUACUAAAUUCCGACAAACCGGCAUGAUAAUUUAUAUCGAAACGAUUGAAACUGUGUUGAGUUUUGUUUUUUUGCGGUUCAAAGUAUGAUUCGGCCGGCAGGUUUUUAUUCUGACUCCGAUGAGGAUUCCGAGUUUGGGUACGAUUUUGGCUACAGCAAAUCUGAAUUCAACAACAUUCGCAAAGCUCCACCGCCGGUAGUUGUAAACAACGACGAUGUUUUGUACCAAGCUACUAUCGAUGGAAAUUUAGCGGAAGUCCAGCGCAUUUUGGAGCUGGACAGAUAUUUAUUGACGGGUUGCCUGCGGCACGGUUGGCCGCUUUUACUGUUGGCAUGUAACGAGGCUCAAUAUGAGAUUGUUGAGUUCCUUCUCGAGAAGAAACGUGUCGAUGUGAAUCAAAAUUGGGGUCUGAAAACUGCUCUAAUGACAGCCUGUGAAUCAACGCAAAGUUCCGACAAGGUUCUUAGAUUGGUUACGUUACUAUUGGAGUUUGGGGCGGUUAUCAACUGCACCGACAGCUACGGAACAACCCCUUUGAUGUUCGCUAUAACGAAUGGACAUACUGAAGUGGUCAAACUAAUGAUUGAUCAAGCUUCGCUUGAAGCAACCGAUAAUGAAGGUUUAACGGCCCUUUUUCACGCAGUAAACAAUCAGCCGGAGAUUGUGAAACUUUUGCUGAAAGCUGGUGCUAUGACCGACAUAGUAAAUCGCAGAGGUUUUACACCGAGGCAAGAAGCGGAGUUUAAGGGGUUUGUUGAACUUUCUCAAUUGUUUCCUGCCGUGGAAGAGUUUUAUACUAUUCCGAACAAAUACCUCAGCUAUACCCACUAUCAAGACAUUUGCCAGGGCGAAACAGAGGACGAUAUGCCAGGUUAUUACCAAGAGAUUGGGUUAAUAUUGUUUGGAUCGUACAGUGAACAGCAUUUAGGCGUGUUCGCCAAGGAGGGUUUUGAUUUGUUGCGAUUCCUAACGUUGACAGAACCGGAGCUAAAAGAUUUGGGCUUUCAGCUGCCCUUUGAAAGAAAAAAGAUUUUAUACGGAUUACUGAAGUUCCACCGGCAGUCAUGGCGCAAACGAAGUUUGAAAAAAUUCGAAAAAAAUCACGUUUAUGACACCUAUGACCUGUUCGAAAUACUAGGCAACCACUUGAAGCAUCUCACUGUGAUUCAAGCUUCGCUAGUAUUCAUUGCCCAGAUGAAGCCGCUAGCUGGAGGGGAGGUUGAUUUUGGGCCACAGCUAGAGCAAUGCCAGCAGAAAGUAGAAGAGCUGAAACAGACCGUUGCUUCGAUGGAAACAGAACUUAGACGAAUAAAUCUCCUAACAACAUUGCGACCGGUACUGCACAUCGAUGCUGUCCAACGCGAGCGGACACGUUGGAAGCGUUGGACUACCCACGUUAUCGUGAUUGUUAUUUUCUCUGGGACUGUGGCGAGUUUGGUUCGGUUAAUGAGAAAAUAGUGCUAAACGUAAUAUUCAACUCAAGUACAACUAUGUUAUCAAUUCUAAGUUUAAUAAAAGUUGAAAACACUCAGUAAAACAAA